UCCACGGGCGCUGGUCCCCGGCGGCGGAAGUGACGUGAGGCCCAGGCGGGAGGGCCGCGCCGGUGGACCGCCGCAGGCGCUCGGGGCGGCUCCCGGCGUCUCGGGAGCAGGAUGGCUCUGCUUCUGCUCGUCUUCAUCACUCAGGUCCUGAGCUUGGCUGAGACGAGCGCCGUGGGUCCGAAGCUGUCCUCGGUGCCUGUGCCAACCAACGUUACUAUCGAGGCCUAUAACUUAAAUGCUUUCGUGUACUGGGAUUACCCCACCGUGCUGCAGACGCCAGUUUUUAUUGUACAGGUUAAAACCUACGAUACGGGAGAAUGGAAUACUGCUUGCAAUACCUCUCAUCGUCAGUGCAACAUCUUUCACAUGAUCGGUGAUCCAAUAAAUUCUGCCUGGGCCAGAGUUAAAGCCAGGGUUGGACAAGAAGAAUCGGCCUUUGCAGAGUCAAAAGAAUUUAUUUUGUGCAGACAAUGGAAAAUUGGACCACCUAAACUGAGCACCAGAAAAAAGGGAGACCAAGUCAUUAUUGAUAUAUUUCACCCUUUAGCCAGUAACUAUGAACAAGAGCUGGAAGAGGAAUAUGAUGUAGGACAUUGUGACACAUUCACAUACAAUGUGUAUGUGAGAGUGAAUGGGACUCUGGUCAUUCUGAAGGAAGAUCAUUGCAACGGGACUUGGUGCUACUUAACUGUCCCAGUGUCCUCACUCACUCCCGAGUACUGUAUUUCAGCAGAAGGGAUCUCUGAGGCGGUGCUAUGGCCCUUUAAAACUGAAAAGUCCAGAGAACUUUGUUUUUCCAUUAUUGAUCAUAACAGCGUAGGAGAUUCUGUUUGGAUUCCAAUUGUUGCUGCCGUCCUACUCUUUCUGGUACUUACCCUGGUAAUUGUGUGUUGUAACAUCAAGAAAAUAAAUCCAUUUAAGAGAAAAAGCAUCAUGUUACCCAAGUCCUUGGUAUCUGUGGUAAAACAUGCCUCUUCAGAUGUAAAAUCAGAAUCAAAAUAUAUAUCACCCAUCACCUACGAACAAAUUGUCCCUGAAAAUGAGAAGGUGGUCUGGGAAGAACAGUGGUCUCCAGCAACAAUUUCAAGUACACAGACUGAAGACGAUCCAGGGAAAGGAGAACCCAACGACCUUUCUAGUGAGACAGAAGUGGUGAUCACUGAAGAAAACACUUCCGACAUAGCCCCUGGUAGCCCUCUGACCCCAGUAAGGAAGGCGGAUUCUGCCCAUUCAAGUAGUAGUAACCAGUCUGAACCCUGCAGCUUCACUUUAAACUCUUACCACUCCAGAAAUGGUUCUGAUAGUGGUGUUGUGGAAUCGAUCAGUUGUUCAUCUGACUCAGAAUUUCCUCCAAAUAACAAAACUGAAGUAAAUACGGGAGAGCCAGAGCCCGUAAUGCUGAGAAGCACUACCACCUCCUCUGGUUAUGACAAGCCCCACGUGUUGGUGGAGCUGCCUGUGGAUGAAGGUGGGAAAGAGUCCUUGAUUGGCUAUAGAGUCACAGCAGGUUCUGAAGAAUUUUGAUAAGAUCAACCAAGAUGCACCAGCCCGAAAGGUUCUGCUUGUCCUGAACAGUUUUCUGCUUUGAUUUCAUGAAAAGAUCAUGAUUUCAGAAAUUGUGUCUUCGUUGAUAUUAACCAAGGGGAGUGCCUUGGUUUAGGUGAAAGUGUAAAGAGCCUAUUUGGCACCAUUGCCUUGAUCUGAAAGCUGCAGUGACUUUAAAAAACAAACCACGGUUGCAUGUGAACCUUUCCGUGUGCCACAGAAGGGUUAGCGAUAACAGCGAAUGCUCCCUCAUAAUCCUGCUUCCUGGGACAGGAAGUAAUUCCCCGGGACCCUUUCUAACCACUUCAACAGACAUGAUGGAAUUUUUCCUUUUCUCUGGUUUUGUGCAGUUUUAUUUCUGUUUUUAUUUGGAGGUUCAUGUACGGUAUAUAGUAUUUUUAAAUGCUUACUUUCAGAAGAAAUCCUGGAAGCUUUCAAAAUUUCAUUGACCGUUUCUUGGUCCAAUUCAAACCAAGAGAAGUAAGAAGGAAUAUGUAAAUAUUGUAGAAACGUGUAUAAUUUUUACGGAACAAUGCAUUUAAAAGCUUUUAAAUAAAGAUUUUAAAAAUUUA